AUGUGUAUUUUAGGAAGUCAACAAACCUUCAUAACCAAAUAUAUUUCCGACGACUUCACUUUACAAUGUCCACUAAAUGGGUCUUACACACCAUUCAGUGUGGAGUGGGAGCACAAAAUAGGGAUCGAUUCAACAAUAGUUAGAAAAUUUACUACCCCGGAAAUCACUCUUACAGACGUAUCGUACAAGGACUCGGGAAAAUAUGUCUGCACUGUUGGAUUUUAUUUCUGUGGAGGGUCAGGACUUCAAAGGAAGCUUACAAGUUCGGUCAGUCUGAACUUAAACGGACCACCAUACAUACCGAUGCCUCAACAAACAGUUGUUGCUGAUCCUGCCGACAAUUUGACGUUAUCCUUGAGCUUGAUAUCCUUUCCAGCUCCAUUUAGUUUAGUUUUGGUUAGAAACCAAAAUAAUGAAAUAAUUCAUCGCAGCAGUGUUUCCUUUGCUCCAACCGAGGUAAAACUUUCUGCUUUCGGAAGGGUAGUUACACUUUAUGGUUACAGUUGUCGAUUAAAUAUGCCAAAUAUUACAAGAGAGUGGUUCGGAACCAACAGCAUCAUAGUGUUCAACCGCCUGGGGAAUUAUUCAUUUUCUUUCAUUGUGGAAGAGUUUUCGGACAAGGAAAAUUCUAUUGUAAAUACAAUUCUGCUUGUUUUGGCUAGCACAUGUGGAUCGAUUCUUGCUGUAGCCACCGUUUUGAUAAUGCUUUUCAUUUAUUUGGAUAUCAGGAAGAAAAAAAACAACCGGUAAGUAUAUAAUUAUGUACUAAAGGUAUAGCAAUAUUCGUCAACUUUUUAUUGUAUAUUUCGCAUUAGCAUAUCUAUCUUUUAAACAUCUUUGAAAUACUUUUUGAAAAGUUUACAAGAUAGCACAGCAGAAGGUAAUCAAAAUCAACAUACCUACGUUCAGACUUUCUCCUUUGAAAGUAAUGGACAAAAUGAAGGUAAUGUAAACAGAACUCUGAUUUAGAAAUAAAAGUUACAAGAAAUGCCUUUUUAAAAAUGUUUUUUUAAUUAUUUGUUACCUAAGUCAAUAAUGUUAUAGGAAACAACGCUUUUUGUAUGAUACAUUUAUGUUAAUCACAAGAAAUUGGACUUGUUUAUAUAUAACAUAUAGGAAUUGUAGUUAUUUUUCACUAAAAUCGGAUUUUACGAUAUGUAAAAGAAUUCAUUUUGCAUCUGACAUCUUUUUACGCGUCAGUUCUUCAGAUUUUAAUGUCCUAACAAUGUGGUUAUUAGAAGACCUUUAGAUGGUAUAAAAUUUAUUAAAUAAAGUGAACAUUUUCACAAAAUUUAACUUAAGCGAACUCUUGGUAGAAUUCUUCCGUCAUCUUUAAAAACAAAAUGUUUUUUUUCUCUUUUACAGAUUAUACUUCUCUACGAAAGAAUGAACAUAUGUGAAAUGUAUUGCAAACAUGAGCAUCACCACUCUCUCUCUCUC